AAAAAAAACCUUUAGGAGAACAAAGAAAUCAGAGUCUAUUUAAAGAGAAGCAGCCCCGGAUCCUGCAGCCGUGUGACUCCCGGCUUUGCGCACCGCUCACAGCUGCGCCAAAUCCAGCCUGCCUGUGCACCAGCACGGCUCCAGACGGCGGUGAGGAUGCGGACUUCUCUGCUCGUGUGCUGCUACGUCUUCGCGCUGCAAUGCCUCCCGAGCACGCUUUGUCUUCCAGUGCGGGGAUCCAGCAGGUACAAAGCGGCACCGGUCUCUGAAAAAUUCCCCGACCUGAAGAAGAGGGGGAAGGCUCCUCACGCUCAGGACUUAGUGAAGGAGACGAGUUUGCAGACAAACACCUCCAACACAUGGAACCGUCCUCGCUGUGGCGUGCCGGAUUACCCCGCUCAGAAGGAGGUGCAUUAUCGGGGGCGACAGAGACGCUUUGUCCUGUAUGGAGGACGUUUGGAGAAGACAGACCUCACCUACAGGAUCGUCCGGUUUCCCUGGCAGAUAAGUGAGGAAAAGGUGCGACGUGUGUUCCGGGAAGCGCUGAAAAUCUGGAGUGACGUCACACCGCUCACCUUCACUGAGAUCCACAGCGGGAAGGCCGACAUCCGCAUCGACUUCACCAGGUACUGGCACGGAGACAACCUCCCCUUCGAUGGCCCGGGUGGGAUUCUCGCUCACGCCUUCUUCCCCAAAACGCACCGACAGGGUGACAUUCACUUUGACUACGACGAGUCAUGGACCCUCGGAAACCACAUGGGCACAGACCUUCUCCAGGUUGCUGCCCAUGAGUUCGGGCACGUCCUGGGCCUGCAGCACUCACGCGAGCCGGGUGCCAUCAUGUCCGCAUACUAUUCCUUCUCCUACCCGCUGAGGCUGAGCGAGGAUGACAAGCGAGGCAUUCAGUAUCUGUAUGGAGCUCAUCCGCAAGUCCUGCCCUCACCGCCGCCCCCGCCUCCGCCUCCAGCCAACCCAGAGACCAACGAGAUCAUCACUAAUCCCGACGCCUGCCAGACGGACUUUGAUGCCGUGUCUAUGAUCCGAGGGGAGCUGUUCUUCUUUAAGUCGGGCUACGUAUGGCGGAUCAGGGACGGGCAUCUGGAGAGCGGUUACCCAGCGCUGGCGUCCCGUCACUGGAGGGGGAUUCCCGACAACAUCGACGCCGCCUUUGAAGACAAGUCAGGGAAUAUUUGGUUCUUUCAAGGUGAGAACUACUGGGUGUUCGAUGCUGAGAUGCAGAUCAGAGGGCCGGAGUCCAUCAGGCGUUUGGGUCUGUCUGUGUCCGGGAUCCAGGCGGCGCUGCGCUGGGGCCACGACUCCAACUACAACACCUACUUCUUCAAGUCAGGCAGCUACUGGAGGUUCAGCCCCCGCGAGAACCGCGUUGAGUCUGUCUACCCACGCAGCAUGCAGGACUGGAGCGGCAUCCCUGACGACGUGGAUGCCACUUUCAGGGACAUCUACGGCUACGCUCACUUUAUCCGAGGACGACAGUACUGGAAGUUCGAUCCCGUUGGCAAGAACUCGUUGGAAGGCUACCCUCGCUACGUCGGCAUGGAUUUUUUCGGCUGUAAAAAUGUGUGAGUCUCUAACUGUGGAGAGUCAAAUUAACACUUCUUUUUUUUAUGACUAUGAAGAGGAGUUUUUUGAGCAGAGACAUUCAUGUGUUCAUCCUGUGGAUUGAAGAGGAUGAGUCAAUCUCCUUUAAAUCUGUUUAUGCUUUACUCCAUUUAUUGAGUUACACCUUCUUCUCAGGAAAACCAAGUAAUGUUUCCUCAGACUUGGCACCUCCUGUGCAGCUAUACUCGUAUUUAUUUUGCACAUUUUGUCACCAUAAGGCUGAGAUCUGGGCCCUGUAUUAAUGACGUGCCACGCUGCACUGUCCUCACUUCCUGUCUUUGAGCCUCAAACUGAGAAUUUGGACUGAUUCUGGUUUGCAGACAGAACCAGUACAGACUGUGGAGGAUGUUUUCCAUUUCAACUGUUGUUGUUUUGUCAUCAUGGUUGGACUCUGUGAUCUGCAAAUGUUUGAAGAGUGACAUCAAACCUAACGCUGCAGGAGACAGAUUUGUGCAUUAGCUGCAGGGGGAGUUCACUUUUGUUUUGAUGCCGAAACUUUAAACCUAUAAAUCAUUCGCCAUGAUGUCGGUAAACAAAAGUUUAAGGAGGUGAUCACACGUGCAGUUGAUUUUCCUGCCAGUCUGACUCACACUGACCAUGAGUCAGAGCGUAUAAACAAAGGUCGCAUCGCUUUAAAGUCACUCUUUUAUUGUACAGAGUUCUGCAGAUCUGAGUAGAGUUUAUGUGACACAGUAACUUUGACUGUGUCCUGCUCAGCUUUCAAAUCAGUUUCAUGUCCUGAAUUAAGUCUCUCAGGCAGCAUGCUAGGUGGCGUCACAAACAGUCAAGUUUCCAUCCAAAUGUAGCACAAACUUUAACACAAACGUGUCAAAACGUGAUGGAAAUGUUGCGUUUGUGUACUGCGUGUAUUAAUGCAAGGACGAUUACAGUCUCCUCUUUGCUCCACACUGAUCUGAGUUUAAGUCACAUGAUUCAUAUACGUCUUUUUCUGUUGCACUUCAUCACAUUUUGUUUAUAAGGAUACGCUAGCUGUUCCUCCUCGGCCAAACGUGAAAACUGUUGCUGUUUUGCAUGUUUGUUUUGGUUUUUAUUUCAUUAUGCCUCCACGACAGCGACGGCCAUGGCCAGAGACGUUAUGUUUUCAGGUUGUCCGUCCGUCCCAUUCUCAUGAACGCAGUAUCUCAAGAACUCCUUGAAGGCAUGUCUUCAAAUUUGGCACAAAUGUUAAUUGGACUCAAUGUUGAACUGAUAAGAUUUUGGCAGUCAUAGGUCAAAAGGUCAAGGUCACUGUGUCAUCAUCUGUCUCAUUCUCGUGCACAUGAUAUCUCAAGAGAAUCUUGAGGGAGUAUCUUCAAAUUUGGCACAAACGUUCAACUAGACUCAAAGAUGAACUGAUAAGAAUUUGGUGGUCAAAGGUCACUGUGACCUCACAAGAUAUGUUUUUGGCCAUGAUUCAGGAAGGCUGAAGGUCAAAGGUUAAGGUCACUUUGACUUUGUCUGUCUCAUUCUCGUGAGCGUGAUAGCUCAAGAACACCUAGAGGGAGUUUCUCCAAAUUUGGCACAAACAAUCACUUGGACUCAGUGAUGAUCUGAUUAUAAUUUGGUGGUCGAAGGUCACUAUGACAUCAUUAUGUUCUAUGACAUCAUGUUCUGCAAAAACACCUCUCUGGCCAUUAUUCAGCGCCAUAUCUCAGGAACAGAAGGGGAGACGAUUGGUCAGAUACUGAACUGGUGACACUAAUCUUGGAUGUCCACCUUGAAACCCGUGCAAAGGUGUGAAAGGUUUUUUGUUCUGGUGCUUCCACUCAGCCUUUUAAUGCUCAAACUAAAAAUGCACAUAAAAACAGGUGGGUGGAAACGUACUUAACUGCACACAAAUUUGUGCAGCUGACCAUUAGCAGACUGCCUCGACAGCGCUGGCUUUUACUAGAAUGGAAAGUUAUCAUAUUAGCAUUCAGUUUCAUUUAAAUUUGCUGCACCAAAUAAAAAGCAACCAACAAUACAGCUUUCCUCUUUGUAUCAUAUUUAGCUACCAAGUCCCCACACUUUUUAACAGGCAAAUAAUUGUGCUGUGAUACUUUCAGGCACUUUGUCUGAGUCGGCCAAUCAAAAGCAAUGAAGGCAAAAUUUUAACUUUUUCUACGACAAUGUGGAAGAAGAAGUCGUCCCAGACGUUGCCUGCUUGCAGGCUUUGAACUUACAAAAUGUACCUUUUUGGAAAAAAAGAUGUUUGAUUUAACUUGUUUGAUUUUCAUUAGGAAUUUAAAAGCACAACAACUCACAGGAGUAUCAUGACUCAAAAACAGAGGAUAGAACAAAGAGGUCCUUGAUGGACACAACAAACACUACAUGCAAACAUACAAAUCAUUGGAAACAAACAAAUUACCGUAUAAACCUACUCAUCCUCCUGCAACUCCACAUCCAUGGUUCAAAUUUCCUCCCUCAAAGGUGAACCAUCAACACUUCCCACAAAUCCUCCUCAACUUUUAUUUAAAAAAUUACCGUGGUUUGGCUUUGUUCUUUUCCAUCACGUGCAUGUUACAUAAUCACUCACUGACUCAUUGUCCUCUCAGACAGACACAAAGAAGCAGAAUGUAAAAGUUUAAUCGCAGCGCUUUACAUUAAUGAAGGCUUAGAACAGUGUUUGAAUUAGGAUCUGACAGGUAUGCUGUCCAGUCGCCAGAAUAAAUGUUGACAUUGUACAUUUCUGCAAACCAUGGAUAUGUUGUUUGUAUGCUUCAUAUGUAGCAGGCAUGUUGAGACUUCAUGUUUCUUUACAUUUCAAGUUUCAAUUUUAUGUUGUGACAGUGCUGUGAUCAGGUUUAGGCACAAAAAGUAUGAGAAUGUACAAAUUAAACAUAUCUGUGGUUUGCAGAAACGUACAGUGCCGACAUUUAUGUCUGCCGACUGGGCGGUGCAGUCACGGUGAAGGAGGAGCCUCAUCUUGUUUCUUCUAAACAUUAAGUUGGAUAAUGUUCUCACUCUAACAGUUAUUAGUGAUGUCAGUGCAUUGAAAGUCUUUAAGAGAAAGUUUUGUAUUUAUUUGUCGUAUGCAGGCAAACUGAGCAAAUACACAAGUUCGUUUUUGCAUUUAAUCUUUCCUCAUGUGGCUUUAAGACGUGAUGUUACCUUCCCCGACAAAACUAUCAUGGAGCCAUAAAAAAAUCAGAUGCUCAUACGGAGGAGAAAAAGGUGGUAACAUCAGUUAAUGUCGUGUUCUGAUGUCACUCUUCUAACAUGAUGGUGUGAAGCUCUGAGUUGUUGGUGAUCACUCAGCAGUCUGCAGUCUGCAGGGCGUCUGUGGCAGUAAAAUAGCUGCAGGGCGCCAUCUAGAGCGCAGCUCCGUCACCCUGCAGGAGAAGUGAGUGUUCCUCAGAUUGUGUGUCUCCCUCAUGCUUGAUGAAGUCAUUGCUUAUCUGUAACAUAACAUGGUGCUCUAUUCAGGUGGGUCAGUGUGACACAUUCAGGGACAGCAGCUGCUGCGUGGAGCAGCGGUUCUCAGCCUCCAGAGACUUUGACUUUCACACGAUUUUUCAAAACAAAGUUUUAAUAGGAAGUUGGAUGGCAGUGGUGGAAAAUACAUUUACCCAAGUACAAAUAUGAGGUUCUUGUACUUGACUUUUUUCCCAUUUAUUCUACUUUAUACUUCCACUCUGCUACAUUUCAGAGACAUAUAUUUUCUUUUACUCCACUACAUGUAUUCUACACCUGUGGUUAAUAAUUACUUUAAGAUUUAACUUUAAGCACAAAAUCAAAUAGCUUAUCAAAUAUAACACACCAGGCUCAUUUGAGAUGAUCUGUGCCUCGCCAGGAAGGUGGACAAGAUCAGCUGGCAGCUGUGCAGGUGAUGACAGAAAGCUGCAGUCAAAUCAGCUACAGGAAAUAAUUACAUCCUGUUAGAUUCAUCUGUAGGAUAUGAGUAGUUUGGUUUGUAAACCACGUUUUAUUACUAACAUCCACACAAAAAAAUUGUUAACAGAUUAAACUUUCAUUGCACAACAUGAGACUAAUGGCCUGCAAUCAGCGUUAAAUAUUACAACUCCACAGAAAAUAUGACUUCCUAUAAAAUGUGACAUUUGCGGUCGACAUUAAGAGCCAAUCAGCUCCUUGAUCAGGCAACAUCCAGGUGUUUCCCAUCAUGCCCUAGGUCUGGCAGUCAGUGAGAGCAGCUGUUGCACCUGGCUCUAAAAACUGCUGCCUUCUCAAUCUAGUGAGGUUAUUGAUGUCCUCUCGUGCAUGACGUCAGAGCAAGUCAGGAUCAAAUCAGACACAAAUCUGAUCGCCGAGCUCAUCCCAAUCAGCCCUGUUGUCUACAAUCAAAUCUUUCUCAAGUACAAAUUGAUCAUCACAGCACGCUGUUGUUGCAGUUAGUGUACUGAGCAGCAGGUAUAAAAUCAUACAUGUUCAAUGUGCGUCAAGUAAACGGCGACUUUGAAACAUCAGCAUGUUUUGACUGAGACUGAAUACUCACCUCUUGUUUUCUCAAAUCUCUCUGGAGCUGUUUCACCACCUGUAAUUUACUUUAAUGUUUUCCAGCUGUGAGCAGCUCCUCCUUUGAGCACUGCGCUGUGGGAGACAUAGGAGAGUGUGCAGAAACAGCACACCUAAGAAUGUGACCAUAUUUAGUGUGCGUGCUAUCUGAUUUGAUUUGUCUCUUUUACUCAUGUGAACUACUACACUAACUCAAUAUAAGCCAGACCGGAUCACCGUCGAUUGGCACACACUGACGCUGGUUAGAUUGUUAGAACCUGCUCUAAUGACACACAUACAUGGGCAACAAUAACCUCACAGUCACCGCUUUUAAAGCCAGAUACUGCAGUUGCUCUCCACUGACUGCAAGACCCAGGGAAACACCUGGCUCUCAGGCAGAUAGGUUUGAUAUGACCUUUCAUAUAAACUUUUAAUUUUUGUCAAAUUGGAUAUAUUGUGAUUUGAGCUUUAUUCUAUCAACAGCACACAUGUUUGUGUGGCUGAUGGUGAAGUUUAGUGUCAGAGAGACUAAAUACAUUCUUAUCACAGAUCACUUGCUUGUUUAGAGGCAGCGUGUAUUUUGGAUUUGGGACACAGCUUCAAAUCUUUUUGUCUUGUGACCUCUGUGUGUGACCUUUCUUAGAUGUCUAUGAGUUGUUAGUGUUUCCACCAAAGAUAUAUUUCUGCUCUAAAUGUCUCCCUUGAUUUAUCCACAUAACUUAAAGAGCUUAAAGAGGUCAAAUCAUCUCUAAUAUUUUCCAUGAAAGAUCUGGGGUCUCAUUUAUAAAACAGUGCAUAGGAGAAGUUCUUCACUCAGGCUUCUACCUCACCAUCUGCGUCGACAAUUUCCCAUCUCCAGAAUAUUCGUCAGCAUGGGUCAAAGUUUCUCCCGUCAAGUCUGUUUUUAUAGAUCACAACUUUUGCGUGGGAAGUGGCGUACACCUCUUUCGGGCCUUGUUUUGUGCGUACAUAAUGUUCAUAAAUGAGACCCCAGAUUUCUUCUGUCCGCUCCCAUUAGUCAGAUUUGUCUGGUGACUCUUUGGAGGGUCCUGACCUCUAACCCAGCUAACUGUAUAUAAGUAGUUUAAACUCACUCCACCUGGAGCAGGUGCAACAGUAACAUGCUGCUCUGACACUUAUUGAUCAGUAUUAACAAACUAGUAACAGAAUAUAUAAUAAAACAUCAUACAUCAGUCACAGCGGACAUUUUACUGCAAGUGUUUAUACUUUUGAUACUAUAUCUGAUCUGAGUACUUCUUCCACCACUGCUGCAGAGUUAAAGGCAACUAACUGCAAGGAAAAAUGCUGGCAUUAUGUUUCUGUAAUCCACGGAUACGUUACAUUUGUAUGUUAUCAUGUAGCAGAGGCGUUCAAACUUUAUGUUUCUUUACACUGCAGCAGCACUGUGGUUAACGUGUGAUUAUGUUUAGGUACAAAAAUCACAUGGUUAGGAAAAGGUUAUGUUCGGGCUUUUAAAAAAAAUCCUUCCCACACAAAAUAGACAGUUUUGGGGGCACAAUCCCUGCUGGAAACUACAGCAAUGGGCCCCUAAAAAACACCCAUGCUUGGUGCCUAAAAAGCCACUGGAAUCACUCGCUAUAUCACAAAUGGUUUUGUUUGUUGGUCUCAAACAUUGCAGGGUGGCAGGUUGCAGAAACAUACAAGCAUACAUUUUCUUUUGGCGACUUGGCUGUGAAAAGCUCUGACAGAUCUGAUAAAUUCAUGUUCUGGCCUCUUUGUGGGUCGGGUCCCGCAGGUUGAGAACCGCUGCGUCCCUGGUCGCAGCACUUGACAUGUGAAGGCUCCGUUCCGACUGUGGUGUUCACCCGAUGAUAGUGUUUCAGUGCAGGACGCUGACGAGUCAUUACAGCUUUCAUCAUUCAGACUUUGUUGUUGUUGUUUGAAUCAUUUCUACAACUCAAGUGUUAAUCAGUGAACUCUGAAUAUUUAUACACAAAAAACGUGGCAAAGGUUUGUUGUACAUACAUGUCUUUGAUUAUUAUGUUUACUCAUAUGUAGCCUUUACACCUGUACAUUAAAAUGUAUGUUUUCUUUCUAAUAAAACCAAUAACCU